AUGAACUGGUGGUAUGGGGUUUUAGCGACGGUACGAGUAGUAGGGAGUGUCUGUUUCUUGGGUAUGGUCCAUCCAGAUGAAUUUUUUCAAAGCCAGGAGAUUAUGGCUAGACACUUUAUACCCGAGAGUGACAUACUACGUCGCGAACUAUUUGUGCCAUGGGAGUUCCAAUUGCCAACACCGAACCGCUCGGUAGUUUUCCCUGCACUGGUUGCUGGAUUACCGUACAAGCUCUUGGACGUACUAGGCGUCAAGUUGACUGGAUGGCUUAUGCUAGUGAUACCGAGACUAUUGCUCUGUGGUCUUUCUUUUAUUAUUGAUGCAAUAUUGUAUCAGAUUGUGGCAAAAAUGACGCGACACCAGAAAUUUCAAGUUAAGCAGGAGAAACAGGGGAAGGUUUUACUAUUGUUUGCCAGCUCGUGGCCAACGUUCGUGUUCCUUUGUCGACCAUUUUCCAAUACUUUUGAGACUUUGGUUCUUGCAGUUUGCUUUGGAGUCUUGUUCCUGGUCAAUUCGCAUCGACGAGUGUGGUGUGGUGUGAUGCAUGUGCAGACGUUACUCCUUGGAAGUUUAUUAGCGGUGGGAUUUUUCACGCGAUUUACGUUUAUAGUAUUUUUCUUCCCGCUUGGAGUGGAGCUCAUGCGACAGCAGGAUGCAUUGCUGGUUCAUACUAUAAGACGUAAGACAGAUGGCAGAAAUGUUCCGUCGAUGGUACGUCGCUUGACAGCGACAUUUGGUGUGAUGUUGCAGGGGUUUGUGGCCUUUAUCAUCUGGACCAUGGGUUUUAUUGUCGUGGACACAUGGUAUUACCAGCCGGAAGUGUUUCAUGGCAAAUGGAAUCGAUCACUACUGAAACAGAUUGCUGAGAAUGCUGUGAUUGCACCGAUCAAUAAUUUGCUGUACAAUAUCCAAUACGACAAUUUGGAGCUACAUGGAGUGCAUCCGCGGUUCACCCACCUGACUGUGAACAUGCCCAUGCUUUUUGGGCCAAUUUUUCUCGUCUUUCUCAUGCGGUUUCUCAGGUAUCCCGAUCGCUCGUUUUUUGGCAGUGCGUGUGUGCUCUUUCCACUGGUGUGUUUGUCGUUAGCACCGCACCAAGAGCCACGAUUUAUGUUGCCAGCCAUCGUACCGCUGCAUCUAUUCACUGCAUUGAAUGGCAGAGUGGGCAUUGUCCAUUUUUUGACAAAGCAAAAGCUUGGGAAACUACUGUGGAUUAUAUUCAACCUCUCGUUACUGUUCUUCUUUGGCAUGUUGCACCAAGGAGGUGUCAUUCCGAUGCUGCUAUCUCUGUCUUCCAUGGCGUCAAACUCAGUGGACAACACAGUGACCUCAACAACUUGGUUGACACCGUUGUGUAACUUUGACGGAGCUGACAAAUCUAUGCUGGGGAUGAUAGGUGCGGUGCCACUGGUGUUUGCAAAAACAUACAUGCCACCUCGCUUCCUUCUUACCGGGAUGCCGGCAGCUCCUGCGUUUCAAUUGAUAGAUCUAGCUGGAAACACUCUUGAUGACCUCCCGGAGGUCUUGGCUUUCGACAAAAUGGACCAGCAGUUGUCGGAACAUGGUACAACUGCAUUUUUGGUACUGCCUGCGAGUGUCGCGUUUUGGGACAUCAGAUCCGAGAAUUCGACAUCCGUCUUGAGUUUUUCCAAGUUGGGUGAAUGUUUUCCUCAUCUAUCGACCGAAGACUUUGCGUUUGACAAGUCAUUCUCACUGGAAUUAUACCUGGUAAAACUAGCAGCGAAGAAACCAUUGUAA